AUGUUCAGUUCUGGUUUCAAGUCGCAAUUUAUAGGCGGUCAGAAAGAGAAAUUUGUAAGGUUGGAAGACUUGGACUCAAGGUACUCAUUUCGAUCUGAUAUGGCUGCAAAGAACAGAUGUGGAUUUAGUUUAGAGGGACUGACAGCUCCUGUCCGUUCUAAUAAUAACAGUGCAUCAAAGUCAUUUAAAGUAGGAAUCCAAAGAGGAUCUGAAGGACUCCUUACCUUUGGCCGAUCGCUAAGAUCUGGAGUCACAAGGGCAGUAUUCCCUGAGGAUCUCAAAGUUUCUGAGAAGAAGAUAUUUGAUCCUCAAGACAAGUCCCUCUUGUUUUGGAAUAGGCUUUUGGUCAUAUCCUGUAUUAUUGCAGUAUCUGUAGAUCCAUUAUUUCUUUAUCUUCCUAUUUUCCGGAGUGAUGAAAUGUGCCUUCAUAUAGAUGAAAGUUUGGCAUACACAACCACAACUCUGAGGACGAUAAUUGAUUCCUUUUACCUUAUUCGUAUGGUUCUCCAAUUCCGAACAGCUUAUAUCGCCCCGUCAUCUCGAGUGUUUGGGCGAGGUGAACUUGUAAUAGAUCCCACACAAAUUGCUAGCAGAUAUCUUCAUCGUUAUUUUACCGUGGAUUUUCUCUCAGUGCUACCUCUACCUCAGAUCGUGGUAUGGAGAUUUCUUUACAGAGCAAAAGGCUCAGAUGUAUUGGGAACAAAACAAGCAUUAGUGAUCAUUGUAUUUAUCCAAUAUAUUCCCAGGUUCAUGCGAUUUAUACCUCUAACUUCAGAGUUGAAGAAGACUGCCGGAGUCUUUGCAGAAACUGCAUGGGCUGGUGCCGCGUACUAUUUAUUGUGGUUUCUACUUGCCAGUCAUAUAUGUGGGGCCUUCUGGUAUCUAUUGGCUGUGGAACGCAAAGAUGCAUGCUGGGAGAAAGCUUGUGAAGAAAGUGAAAAGUGUAAUAUAAACUUUUUGUAUUGUGCUCGAGAGGGAUUUUCAAGUAUGGCAGAAUGGAGAAACAUCAGUCGGACUGUUCUUGACCCAAAAUGUGAGAUAAAUGAUGAUGGAACCACACCAUUUAAGUAUGGUAUAUAUGCACAAGCUCUAUCAUCUGGUAUUCUUGAAUCUGAGAACUUCGUCUCAAAAUACUUCUAUUGUCUGUGGUGGGGCCUACAAAAUUUGAGUACACUUGGUCAGGGGCUUGUAACCAGUACUUAUCCUGGAGAGGUUCUGUUUUCCAUUGCAGUUGCCAUUUUUGGGCUCCUUCUCUUUGCUCUUCUCAUUGGUAAUAUGCAGACCUAUCUUCAAUCCCUCACAGUUCGGCUCGAGGAAAUGAGGGUCAAAAGACGCGACUCAGAGCAAUGGAUGCACCACAGAGUCCUUCCACCUGAACUGAGGGAUAGAGUGAGGCGUUAUGAUCAAUACAAAUGGCUAGAAACAAGAGGAGUAGAUGAGGAAAGCUUGGUCCAAAGUCUACCAAAAGACCUUAGGAGAGAUAUUAAGCGGCAUCUCUGCUUGAAUUUGGUCAGAAGGGUUCCUCUUUUUGCAAAUAUGGAUGAUAGAUUGCUUGAUGCCAUUUGUGAACGGCUUAAACCGAGUCUAUAUACAGAAAGUACAUAUAUAGUUCGGGAAGGCGAUCCAGUUGAUGAGAUGCUCUUUAUCAUCCGUGGUCGUCUGGAGAGUGUAACAACAGAUGGUGGCAGAUCUGGUUUUUUCAACCGUGGUUUCCUUAAAGAAGGUGACUUUUGUGGGGAGGAACUCCUCACAUGGGCUCUGGAUCCUAAAGCCGGUUCCAACUUACCCCCUUCGACCAGGACUGUAAAAGCUUUGACGGAGGUGGAGGCAUUUGCUUUGAUAGCUGAUGAAGUAAAAUUCAUCACGAGUCAGUUUAGGCGCAUUCACAGUCGACAGGUUCAGCACACGUUCCGUUUCUACUCGCAGCAGUGGAGGACUUGGGCUGCCAGCUUUAUCCAAGCCGCAUGGCGCCGGUAUUCCCGGAGGAAAAAUGCAGAACUUCGUCGGAAUGAACUUGAAGAUGAAGGUACAGACACUGAAUCAGUACCUGGUACAUCUUCCAGUUUUGGUGCAACAUUUGGUGCAACAAUGCUGGCGUCAAGAUUUGCAGCUAAUGCUAUGCGUGGAGUUCACAGGCUUCGUAAAUCAACUUCUACAAGGUUGAUGAAUUUGCCGAAGCCCCCCGAGCCCGAUUUUGAAUCUGAUUCCUAG